AUGACGUCAAGCGAAGCCUCCGGUACUUCCUCGGGUGGUGUCGUUGUCAAUUCCGGCGAACCCUGGGCAACCGCGACGAUGUUCGACACGUCGGCGGUACCGAUUUUCACGGGACAAAACUACUCCGCGUGGAAGUUUAAGUUCCAAGUGCUCAUGAUGGAGCGGGGACUUUGGGGUCUCAUCAAAGGAACGGAGAAAAAGCCGACGGACGACGAGAGCGCCAUCGCGGCAUGGAAGAAGAAGGACCAAAAGGCGUUCGCUACGCUAAUCUCGCGGAUCGGCAUCAACCUCGUGAGCUCGGUGCGCACGUGCAUCAAGCUCGAAGCGUCGGCGCAUGAAGCGUGGAAGCGGCUCGAGACAAUGCACGUGAACAAGACUCUCCACGGCAAGAUCCUAGCCCGGAACGCGUUCUACACGGUGAAGUUGCGCGCGGGCGAAUCGAUGCACGAGUAUGCGACUCGUGUGGAGGAACUCGGGGAAACAUUCUUGGACCUCGGUGGAACGGUCACGGAGGAGGAUUGGAUUCUCACCUUGCUUUGCGGCCUUCCGGAAGAGUGGUCGACUGCGAUUACGACACUCGAUAGCGUGCAAGGCACUUGGACGAAGGAAAUGUGGUUGGUCGGCUUCUCCAUGAGGAAUCGCGUCGCCGACAAUUCGCUAAUGAAAGUGUGGAGACCGCCAUGUUCUCCAGAGGGAGUUCCGGAGGAAAGUCCAAGUGGAGCAAGGGUGCGACGAAGAAGUCAUACAACGGAGUCGAUCGUGUUAUUGGCCGGUGACGGGACCAACACUCCAAACGACGCGUGGUUCCUCGACACCGGCGCAACGCAACACAUGACGCACUCGGCAUCGUUCCUCACCAACGUUGGUGCACCGCGGGACGUCAAGCGUGUCGUCUUCGGGAACAACAAGUCGCUACCGGUGGUUGGAGUUGGGAGUACGCGUCUCAUCGUCGAUGGCGGACCGGUUGACAUCACGAACGUGCUUCACGUUCCGGGGUUGAAGGUGAAUCUACUCUCCGUCACUCAACUCGCGAAGAAGGACGUGAAGGUCACCAUCGACGGCGAGACGAUGAACCUCUUUUGGAAGGGGAAGCAAUUCGCACAAGGCGUUCUCAACGGAGAACUCUACCAACUCAAGACGCACCCGGGAGUGGCUUCACCCAACGUGGCGCAAGGUUCAAAGGCGACUCUUAAGGCGUGGCAUAAUCGGCUUGCGCACGCCAACUACGACUCGGUCAAGGAGUUGGUCAACAAAGGACUCGCGAAGGGAGUCAACGUGAUCGCCGGCGACGACGAGAAGGGCGUGUGCGCGGCGUGUGUCGAAGGAAAAAUGGCUCGCAAGCCAUUUGGUAGCCGUACCUCUCCCCUCGCUAAGGACCCGCUUGUGCUUGUUCACAUGGAUGUGUGUGGACCGAUGCGAAACGCAUCAAAGGGAGGAGCGCGGUUCCUCUUGGUGAUGCUCGACGACGCGACGCGGAUGUGUUGGACCCGACUCUUGAAGGCUAAGGGAGAUGCGGCCAAGGCGAUUCAAGAGUGGGCGCUCGAAGUUUGCGACGACGACAAGAAGCGGAUCAAGGUCAUUCGUACCGAUGGUGGCGGCGAAUUCGUAAACGCGGAGCUCGAGAAAUGGAUGAAGAGCAAGGGCAUUAAGCACGACGUCACAACACCCUACACACCCCAACAAAAUGGAGCGGCGGAACCGCUUAAUCGCACAUUGGUGGAAGCCGUUCGUUCUCUUCUUCAACACUCCAAGCUUGGGAGCGAGUGGUGGGGUGAGGCGAGUUCGCUAGCGGCGUGGAUUCGCAACCGUUUGCCGAAGAGGGUGCUCCCGGGAACGACUCCGUUCGAAGCAUGGACCGGAACGAAGCCGAACCUAUCCCGCCUACGCACCUUUGGGUGCCUUUGCUACUACCAUGUACCGGAUCCCCUUCGUCACAAGUUGCAACCGAAGGCUCGUGCGGCAAUCUACUUGGGAGUUGCGGCGAACGAGCGUGCGUGGCGCGUGUGGGACUUGGGUGAAAGGCGCGUCGUCACAUCUCGAGACGUGAUGUUCGACGAAGACAAGUUUCCGACGAAGGAACAACCAACGCCGCAACUCACCGUCGUACUUCCCGCACGAGAGGAAGAUGAAGCGGUGGAGGUUCCAUCGCAAGAGAAGGAAGCCGAGAAUGGAGGGGGAGAGAACGAGGAGUGCGAUGACGAUGUCGUGGAGGUGCCACCAACCGAGGAGGCAACUUCCUCCGCACCUUCUUCCCUACCAUUGGCGUUGACCCGUGGGCGUCGUACACCUCGCCCCAACACGAAAUGA